CUUUUAGGGGUUUUCAUUUUCGAUUAUUUCCCCUUCUAUUUUUAUUAAAUUUUAUGAUCAAAUAUGCGUACGAUUUGAAAAGAGACGAGUAUUCUAGAGUUCGCGGCGAUUUUGAUUGUUUUGUUGGUGUAGUGAUUCGUGAUUUCGUUUUGUUUAUGAUUGUGAACAGUUCAGAUCUUUAUGGAACUAUUAAGUUUGUGGCGAUAAUCAUGAGCUAGGGUUUUGUUUUUGCUCUAUUUUUAUUGUUAGGGUUGUUGGAAUUUUUAUAUUAAAAAUUAAGCCUUUUUCUGUUUGGUUGGUGCAAUGGUUGUGAACAGGUUAGAUAUGGAAGAGAAGAAGCUUGCUGACGAUAGAAUCGAGCAAGUAGCGAACAAAGAAUUGGUGGUUUCUGAUGUUGAUAAGAGGGAUACCGAUGAUGAGGUCUUUGAGGAAGCUAUUGACAGUUCAAAGCCUGAAUCUUUCCAUGACGAUGGUGUGUUGCACGAGGAUUUACCUUCAGAGAAAGUGAAAGAUUCCAAGGUUAAUGGAGAGAGCCAUGGUGAGGCGAACCUGCAACAUGUAACUGAGGGAGAGGCUGCACCAGGUUUUGUGACUUUCAAAGUGAAUGGUGAUGAAGGGGAAUCAAGUGUAGAGAAUGUCAGCGAGAGAGAUACAAGUUCUUUUUCUGAAAAUGGAAUCGUCUCUCCUGAGAACAGGUCAGAUACGGAAGAAAAGAAGCUUCCAGACGAUAGAAUCAGCGAUGAACAAGUAGAGAACAAUAUAUUGCUAGUUUCUGAUGUUGAUGCGAGGGAUACCGAUGAUGAUGUCUUUGUGGAAGCUAUUGACAGUUCAAACCCUGAAUCUUUCCAAGUCGAUGGUGGGUUGCACGAGGGUUUACCUUCAGAGGAAGGGAAAGUUUCCAAGGUUAGUGGAGAGAGCCAUGGUGAGGCAAACCUGCUACAUACAACCACGGGAGAGGCUGUACCAGGCCCUGUGACUUCCAAAAUCAAUGUUGAUGAGGAGGAAGCAGAUACAGAGAAUGUCAGCGAGACACCUACACGUUCUUUCUCUGAGAAUGGAAUCGUUUCUCCUGAGAAGAAACAACUGGUGGCUGAAGUAAUCGAGGAAACAAGGAAUGAUGGUAUUGAAGAGGAAACCAUAGAUGGAAAUGUUGAUGUAUCAGCUGGCAUGGGAACAGAACAAGAGGCUGGGAAACGUGAAGAAACAAAUAAGGAUUGUUUUGAGAAUGAGUCUGGGGCACAAAGAAAUGGCGAGACUGGUGUUGACUACAACACUGUUAAACGUGCUUCAGGUGACAGAUCCUUGAAUGAUAGUAUUAAAGUAGCUUGUACUGCGACCUCGUCUCCAUUAGAGAAAUCUAGUUCUGCGGAAAAGGUAGAGACUGAAGGUGACAUCAGUAUAGAACAUGAUACAGUUCAAGACAGUAAUGGAAGACUUGGUGUUGAACAUACUUCGCAAACUAUUAAGGAAUUUGAGAAGCAGCAAGGCAGUAGAGUGAAUAUCAGUCCAGAGAUUAAGGAGAGCCCACAUUUGGAAAGAAAAUCUGAGGUAGUAAGCACUGUUUCGCCUGUAGAGUCUACAAGUAAUAGUGCAACGUUACCUCCUGCUCGCCCAGCAGGCCUUGGGCGUGAUGCUCCUCUUUUGGAAUCCACACCACGUGUUCCUCAUCAGCCUCGUGUUAAUGGCAAUGCGUCUCACAAUCAGUCUCAGCAAGCAGAGGACCCUACCACUGCGGAGACCGAUGAGCAUGAUGAAACCCGUGAGAAGCUCCAGUUGAUCAGGGUUAAGUUUUUGAGGCUUUCACAUAGAUUAGGGCAAACUCCACAUAAUGUUGUUGUUGCUCAGGUUUUGUAUAGGCUUGGAUUGGCUGAGCAGUUGAGGGGGAGAAACGGAAGCCGUGUUGGUGCCUUUAGCUUUGAUCGUGCCAGUUCCAUGGCGGAACAACUUGAGGCAGCUGGCCAGGAUCCACUUGAUUUUUCUUGUACGAUUAUGGUGCUCGGUAAAAGUGGAGUUGGUAAGAGUGCAACGAUCAAUUCUAUUUUUGAUGAAGCGAAAAUUUGUACUGAUGCAUUCCAGAUGGGUACAAAGAAGGUUCAGGAAGUUGAGGGUUUUGUUCAGGGAAUUAAGGUUCGGGUGGUUGACACUCCAGGUCUCUUACCAUCAUGGUCUGACCAACACAAGAAUGAGAAAAUACUGAAGUCUGUUAGGGCUUUCAUCAAGAAAAAUCAACCGGAUAUUGUAUUGUAUCUUGAUAGGUUGGAUAUGCAAAGCAGAGAUUCUGGUGACAUGCUUCUUUUGCGCACCAUCACCGAUGUUUUUGGACCAUCGAUCUGGUUUAAUGCCAUUGUGGGUUUGACUCAUGCCGCUUCUGCUCCACCAGAUGGCCCAAAUGGCACUGCUUCUAGCUAUGAGAUGUUUGUAACACAACGUUCCCAUGUCAUUCAGCAAGCCAUUCGACAAGCAGCUGGAGAUAUGAGGCUCAUGAAUCCUGUUUCUUUAGUUGAGAACCACUCUGCUUGCAGGACAAAUCGGGCAGGUCAGAGAGUAUUGCCGAAUGGCCAAGUGUGGAAGCCUCAUUUGCUAUUACUCUCAUUUGCGUCCAAGAUUCUAGCAGAAGCAAAUGCUCUUCUGAAAUUACAAGAUAAUAACAAUCCAGGCAAACCAUUUGUAGCUCGAUCCAAGGCUCCACCACUGCCGCUUCUUCUCUCAUCGUUUCUGCAAUCAAGACCGCAAGCUAAACUUCCUGAUGAGCAGUAUGGUGAUGAAGAAGAUGAAGAUGAUUUGGACGAAUCAUCAGGUUCUGACGAAGAAUCAGAGUACGAUCAGCUUCCUCCUUUUAAGCGAUUGACUAAAGCUGAGAUGGCUAAGCUUAGCAAAUCUCAGAAGAAGGAAUAUCUUGAUGAGAUGGAGUACCGAGAGAAACUAUUUAUGAAGAGGCAGAUGAAAGAGGAAAGAAAGAGACGUAAGAUGUUUAAGAAGUUUGCUGCCGAGAUUAAAGAUAUGGCUAACGAGCAUAGUGAAAAUGUGGAAGAGGAGAGAAGUGAACCUGCUUCCGUUCCAGUUCCCAUGCCAGAUUUAUCUCUGCCUGCAUCGUUCGACUCUGACAAUCCUACUCACAGAUACCGGUCCCUUGAUUCCUCCAACCAGUGGCUUGUUAGGCCAGUUCUUGAAACUCAGGGGUGGGAUCAUGAUGUUGGGUAUGAAGGUGUAAAUGCAGAACGUCUUUUUGUUGUGAAAGAAAAGAUACCGAUAUCUUUCUCGGGCCAAGUGACAAAGGACAAGAAGGAUGCAAAUGUGCAGGUGGAAAUGGCCAGUUCGAUUAAACAUGGAGAAGGUAGAUCAACCUCCCUUGGUUUUGAGAUGCAAAAUGCUGGAAAAGAAUUGGCUUACACUGUUCGAAGUGACAUGAGAUUUAACAACUUUAGGAAACACAAAGCUGCAGCUGGUCUCUCUGUAACGCUCUUGGGUGAUUCAGUGUCUGCGGGGCUGAAAGUAGAAGAUAAGUUGAUUGCUAAUAAAUGGUUCAGAAUGGUUAUGUGUGGUGGGGCAAUGACGAGUCGAGGUGAUGUUGCUUAUGGGGGUAGUUUAGAAGCUCAGUUGAGAGAUAAAGAUUAUCCGCUUGGUAGGUUCUUAUCUACUCUUGGACUUUCUGUGAUGGAUUGGCAUGGGGAUCUUGCUAUCGGAGGGAAUAUACAGUCCCAAGUGCCCAUAGGUCGUUCCUCUAAUCUGAUAGCUCGUGCUAAUCUGAACAACAGAGGGGCAGGGCAAGUAAGCAUCCGGGUAAACAGCUCUGAGCAGCUCCAACUUGCUGUGGUCGCACUUGUUCCCCUGUUCAAGAAGCUACUUAGUUAUUAUUCCCCUCAGGAAAUGCAGUAUUGACAAUAAUGAUAACACUUCUGGUUUCAAUUCACUUCCUACCAGAACAUCCUAGAGUCAAGAGUGUGAGUUGAAAAGGAAACCUUGGUGUUCCCCUUGGGUUGAAAACUUUAAGAAGAAAUUGUUGGAGGGAGGCCCCUGUUUUCUUUAAAUAGCCAGAACACUUGCUCGUCCGUUGUCUAAUUUAAGCUUAGUUGUGGUUUUAUUCUCUUUCCAGAACCUUUGUAUGGCCUUCUGUUCAUGUCUACUCUUGAUUUUUUCAUAAAGCUUGUUAAAAAGUAUGCUGCAAUCUAGUUAUUGACCUUAAGACACCCAUAACCCUCUGGGUUAGCCGUAAUUCAAGGCUUUUAAAGGGAGUUUUGUAGGUCCUAAUUAUCUGCUAAACGUUGAUGUUGCCCAACCAUGUAAAUACAGCUAUUGUAAGCUGUUUCGGAAAGUCAAUGUUGCUGGUAACUCUUUUUGGCACCAUGACGGCUUUUUGGGUGUGUCCUCAAAUCAAAAGUUUCUGUUGUUAAACUGUUACUGCGAAUCUUACAUUGUCAUGUUGAGUUCC